AAGUUCAUAUCCCCUCAGUAGUACAGUCUGUCAGGGCCGUGGCUAGCACUAGUGGUCUUUCAAAGUUGUCAGCACUGCAGGGAGUUCUUCCGGGAACCGGAGCUUCAGAUAGCGUGAUGACGUCAUAUGCACAAAGGCGUUUCGACAGGGCGGAUUCCUCCGAAUACAUCACAGUCCAGCCGUCCUGUUCUUUUGAAGCUGCCAUGAUGAGCGUGGUUUGUAAUGAUCUCUUCAUCAUUGGUUCUUACUAG